GGUGAGAGUCUGCAAUACUUGUCAUAACAAUUCUGAGCUUUGCAAGCACUUUCUUGGCUGGCUUGUGACAUUCAUCAGUGUACAAAGUUAGAUGCUUUGGCACAAAAUGUCUCAAAACGGCAAUAAAAAAAAGAUUAAUCCAAGGAUGAGUGGGACCCAGGAAGCACUCGGGCUUGAAAACGAUAAGGCAAAGUUUCAAAAGACGGGUCAGUUGAUCAAGGAACUCUCUCAAAAGUCUACACAGCAAAAUGUUCUCCAACGCGGUAAUGAAAAACAGUUUCAAACAUGGCGUGAGGACAAUAUCUUUCCCGCCUUCAAAAAAAGAUAUCCAGAGCUGUUUUUCAGGGUUAGGGUUGAGUUUAAAACACCCUUACAGAACUCCCUACCACAGAAAAAGACCAUACUCGAACUUAACAAACGCCAGAAGGGACUUCGAAAGACUCGAAUCGACAGAGAAAAUAACAAACAGCAGGACAUGUUGAAGUCGGAGCAGAAACAUCAACGAAAACAAAAGGCGCAGAAAGUGGUAGAGCCAAGCGCAAUGGUGGAACGGCAGAGUGAGUUGGGAUUCGCAAUCAACCCAUCUACCGAGGAAAGACAGAGGAGCCGCGACAAUCAGUCCAAAGAUACUGUGCUAGACCAGGAUACUUCUUCCACUGGGGACAACGGUUUUGGGUCGGUCGAAAUUAUAGGGACGUACAUAUACGGACACAGUGAGAGGCAAGAAGAAGUAUCAAAAGAACAACCAGAAGAAGAAGAAGAAGCGAUGGAGAUUACCGUCGAUCAGGGUGAGACUACAUCGGAGACGGACGUGAAUACUAUACGGGCGACUGUAAUUCAGACAACCAGAAUUCCAUUUCUUGGCCCUAUACAUGAACCUUCAACUAGUUACAAUGCCGCCAUGGUAUUGAUUGAUGCCAUCUUGGAUCCCAAAAAUUCAUGUGAACCAGUGGAAUUGCGUAUCUCAUAUAAAGCGUGGCAAAAGAAAUUAGGGAAACACUGGGGCGUGGACUUUGAGGGUCUCUCGAGCUCGUGUACUAUGCAUUUUUUCUGGAACGAGAACUGGAUCAAUGUCCCAUGGAGUGAUACCAGUUGGCAAGCAAUGGUCAAUUUGUGUUUGCAAGGUAACCGCACGCGCUUAAUUCAGGUCCAAAUUUGUGGCGAUGGUCCAGAUUUCGUUACCUCUCGUACUAAAAGUCUUCAAUCGACGUCUCACGAAACGGCUCCAGGGGAGAGAUCAAGGAAACUCGACACCAUAGAUGCCGGCAUCAGGGCUGAAAUGAAGUCAGUAAUCACUUCUUUCAAACGAGAGCUUGGGAUGCUUGACUUUAAGAAUGACUACGACUUGACGCUUAAAAUGCCACCAUCCUUAAAGUGUUAACUCUCAACUGUAGUUUACUGCAGUACCCAUGUGUCAGAUUCCAAGGAUGUGUUCACAUAUGCACAGGGCUCUCUGCCUAGGUAGCUAGUUUGAUUCAUUUCCGGUGCAUUUAGUUAUAUCAUCGCAGCUGCCUAAUGAAAUAUUACUUAUGUACCUAGAGAGUCCAGAUGUCGAAUAUCCA